CCAAUGCCAAUGCCAAUGCAGCUAAAGACGAGCAGGAGUAGGUGCCCUCCCCCCCCAGUCACACACCUGCCUCUCCGGGACACGCCCUGCCCGCGGCCGGGGGUGGACCCAGGCCAUGCAGGGCGCACAGGUCCGGGCUGUUCCCCCAUCCAUCCACCCAUCUGUCAAUCCAUCCAUCGUGUCCCCGCCUGGACUGCAGGUGGGGUGGUCCCCGCUCUGAGGCUUCCUGUUUCCCUGGGAACGCUGACCGAUGGUCUGGCCACCCAUCCACGGCCCCGCAGCCUGUGUCCACGCAGCGGCAGCCAUGACUGGAAGAAGCUGAUUAUGGUCCACCACUGGCCUGCGACCGUGUGCAAGAGCACUGAGCAUGGCUGCAGAGAGCCUCCGGACUACUGGACCAUCCACGGGCUGUGGGCUGACAAAGCGGACAUGUGUAACCGGUCGUGGCCCUUUAAGCUGGACGAGAUUAAGGACCUCAUGCCGGACAUGAAGAUGUACUGGCCGGACCUGCUGCACCCGUCCCCCAACAGCAGCUUCCUGUGGAAGCACGAGUGGGAGAAGCACGGGACGUGCGUGGCGCAGCUGGAGGCCCUGGGCUCGGAGAGGAAGUACUUCGGGAAGGCCCUGGACCUGUACCGGGCGCUGGCGCUCAACAGCAUGCUGCAGAAGCUGGGGGUGGUCCCGUCCGGGGGCAACUACUACCAGGUGUCAGACAUCAAGGAUGCCCUCACCGGCCUGUACGGGGUCCCACCCAAGAUCCAGUGUCUCCCGCCCGAGCAGGGCGUGGAGGUGCAGCUGCUGGGGCAGAUCGAGCUGUGCUUCACCAAGGACCUGCAGCUGCAGGGCUGCGCGGAGCCCGGGCAGCCGGGGGGCGCCGGCCUCGCCCGGGACCUGCAGGUGUGCAAGGACGGCCCCGUCUUCUACCCGCCGCCCCCCUAGCCGGCCUGAGGCGCCUGGGCCUGGCGUUGGCGUGGUGAGAGGCCCGCAGCCUGCUGUCCGGAGGCGGGAAGCGCGUGGCUGCUGUGGCUCAGCUGUUCGGUUUCGCUUUUUACUCCCGGUGGAUGGUUCCGCUCCCCGAAUAAAGCCGUUCUCUCCCUCUGGU